GCGAAAUGAACCUCCGCGUGGACAGGUGGCCCCUUCCGCUUUGGAAAGCUCUUAGGAAGCAUGCAAAGCAUACUCAGUACUUCGAUCCCCUAAGUUACUCGUUGGGACUUGGUGAUACUCUUCUAUUCGGGAAUAGUUCGCCAUGUUCUUCUCACUAAUCAAUAUUAAGCAUUUCUCGUUGACAACAUGAAGAACCUAUGGUUAUGGCGUUUCUUGCCCUUGGCGCUUCUACUGCUGCAGGUGCUUGCAGUUGAAACCAAAGGAAAGCCUGAUUUCACACCUACUGAUGUUACUCACGAAUCCUACCCAAACCAGUCUCCAGGCGGGACAGAUGGCUUCGACGUAAGACCGGGCAGUCAACAUGUUGAUACUGCCCUCAAAAUCCUCCGUACUUCAAAGAUUCCAAUAACCGCGCCCGAGAAGCCAUCCGGCAUCCUGGGUUACACAUUACAUUAUGCGAAGGAGGCUUGCCGGGUUCUGUUCCUCAAUGGCCCGCCGCCCGAUUAUACCGAACGGCAGAAGAUCCACCCCAAUGUUGCAAAAGCUGUAAAUGAACUCAAGAUCGCUGCUCAAGAAGACCAUAACCCCGAUGCGAUGUUCCUGUUAGCGGAGUUGAAUUUUUACGGUAACUUCACUCAUCCGCGAGACUUCAAGCAAGCGUUCCAUUGGUAUCAGAGUCUGGCAUCAGCGACUGGGAACAGCACAGCGCAGUAUAUGUUGGGCUUUAUGUAUGCGACUGGUGUUGGAGAUGGAGUUGAGCGCGAUCAAGCAAAGGCAUUGUUAUACCACACUUUCGCGGCUGAAGGAGGAGACACGAGGUCGGAGAUGACCCUUGCAUAUCGGAAUCAUGCCGGCAUUGGAAUGCCUAAGAAUUGCGACCAUGCCACAUAUUACUAUAAGAAGGUCGCAGAUAAAGCUAUACAGUACUUCCGGUCCGGACCUCCUGGUGGUCAUAAUAUGAUUCGGGAAUCAUACCGUUGGGCUGAUGAAGAGGGCGGUGUCUACGGUGAAGGUGCCAGUGUCUCCAGCUCGGGACCAAAUGCCCUGCGUGAUGCAUCGCAUUCCAGCACCGAGGCCAGCUUGGAAGACGUCCUGGAGUAUUUGGACCUUAUGUCACGAAAGGGCGAGUUAAAGGCCACGUUCAGCUUGGGAAAGAUGCACUACGAAGGGUCGCGGGGUCUGCCCAGAAAUUUCCGAAAGGCUAUGAAGUACUUCAAGCAGAUCACGAAGCGCUACUGGAAUAAGGAUGGGUCUGUGAACCCGAACCAUCCGCUUGGGAUCGAAAAAUUGGCUUCGAAAGCGGCAGGUCACAUAGGGCUGAUGUAUCUCCGCGGUGAAGGUGUAGAGCAAAACUUUGCCACUGCCAUCAUCUGGUUCAAACGUGGAGUUACUAACGGUGAUGCGCUCUGUCAACAUCAAAUGGGACUCGUGUAUCUUCAUGGAUACGGCGUGCAACAGGACGCGUUCAAGGCUGCAUCAUACUUCAAGGCCGCCUCCGAACAAGAUUUCCCAGCCGCAGAAACAAGGCUGGGUGCUUUGUUCUUGGAUCAAGGAGAUGUUCCAACGGCCACUCGGUAUUUUGAGCUGGCUGCACGGUGGGGUUGGAUGGAGGCCUUUUAUUACCUAGCAGAGCUGUCUAACAAUGGUAUUGGUCGGGAGCGCCAUUGCGGAAUGGCUGCAUCGUAUUAUAAGAUGGUCGCAGAACGGGCAGAAGUGAUACAUUCGUCGUUCGACGAGGCGAACACCGCAUACGAGAGCGGUGACCAAGAACGGGCUCUCAUUGCAGCUAUGAUGGCUGCGGAGCAAGGUUAUGAGCAUGCACAGUCCAACGUGGCAUUCUUGCUUGACGAACAACGCUCUCUGGUGUCCUUUGAUAGUAUUCUGCCGGGGGUCAAGAAAUAUCGACCGUCUCUGCUCCGGAAUACCGCUCUGGCUCUUAUCUACUGGACUCGUUCUGCCAAACAGACAAAUAUUGAUUCCUUAGUGAAGAUGGGCGAUUAUUAUCUGGGUGGAAUCGGCAUUGCUGCGGAUGCUGAGAAAGCCUCUAUUUGCUACCAUAAUGCUGCUGAAAUUCAUUAUAGCGCACAGGCCUAUUGGAACCUUGGCUGGAUGCAUGAGAAUGGUGUUGCCGUGGAACAGGAUUUCCACAUGGCUAAACGAUAUUAUGAUUUGGCGCUUGAGACGAGCCCCGAGGCUUACUUACCCGUCAAAUUAAGCUUGUUAAAGCUUCGGUUGCGGAGUUAUUGGAACAGCAUCACUAAUGGCAAAAUAAAUUCUAUUCAAGAGGAAGAAGAGACGAAACCCCGACGGACACUCAAAGAGUGGAUUGCAGCAUUCAUCAAGAACGAUGAAGAGGAGGAAGCCUACCGUGCACAGCUGUACAAGCGAGCCGAGGAAGAAGACGAGCUCUUGUCGGGUGGUUCCGAUCGACGCCAUCUCGAUGACCGUCACGAGGAUGGCUAUUACGAUGACUUGGAGCUUGAUAUCGACGAAAGCGUCCUCGAAGGCCUGAUCAUUGUCGCAUUAGCCGCGACUCUACUCAUCUUGGUAUAUAUGAGGCAGCAACGGAACAGGCAGAGGCAGGAUGAGAAUGUAGGUGCCAUCCCGGUAGCUGCAGACAAUGGAGAUAACCGGGGUCUUUUCCCUCGCCCUGGAGAUCCAGAAUUUGCUCAGUGGGUAGCGGGCGGCGUUGGGCAUUGAAGGGCAUAAUUCGUAUAUGGUGUAAUUUAUGAUAAAUGGAAAUUUUUGUUAAGCGCAUGGGUACCACAGCUGUACUACACAUACCUAGAUAAAGCAUUGUUACA